AUGGUAGCUGGAAACAAUUCGGUUCCUAUGACUGAUCUCGUCAAAGUGCUAAUAAAAAUGCGUUCGUACAUGGUGAAGCAUCAGGACGAGGACCUAUUCCCCAUGAGGAAUAUUAUCAAUUUACACGCUAUCGUUCGAUUGCAGCGCAAUGUACGCCAGAAUCAACACCGUGGAAACCCUGGCUACGUUCUGGAACUCUUUCGCGAAACAGAGUGGUUCGAAAUGACAGUACCGAACGACCGACUGUAUGCGCUGUACGGUCUCGCAGGUGGUAUUCGCUUUCCUGUGAAUAGCGACCGGCGUUACUGCCAUCAGAAAAUGUUUGUGGACUUCGCCGUCUGGGCACUAAAGGAGUUUUCUGGUCUAGUGCUUUUGUCCUAUACCCGAGCCAUUGGUGGUGGGUGCCAUUGUAACGUACCUUCUUGGGCACCCUGUUACGAUAUGGACUGCCUGCCAGUCAGCCUUCUACACGUUUCGCAUUUUAACGCUUGUGGGCGCCUAUUCGAGCCCAAAUACAAGUUCCAAUCUCUUUCCGAGCUUCAAAUUGCAGGGGCAAUCAUCGACACAAUCAAAAGCGUUUGCGACGAUCUUUUCAAUCUUGCAUCCAUUGAGGCCCAUUCGAAAUCUCUGAAAAGUGGCGCAAAAUUUGCCGGGUGCGAAGAUUUGGUUGGGGAAAGGUACAAGAAGUACUGUGCAGCCCUGUUAUUGGAAUUGGACGCAGAGAACGGAAGAGCGCCCCAAUCACUUAUUGAUUUGAUGGAUGAGAGGAUCAAAAAUGGCAGUAGCCCUGAAUACGAGAAAGCGGAAGAGGUACGGACAAGCUGGGAGCGGUUCCGUUGCCUCUGCACCACUGUCGGUGAUCGCUUUGUCUGGGCUUCAAGAAGAAAGCCGGGGCUUGGUUGGCACAGCAACAACACAAAGCCUGGGGACAAUAUAUGCAUUUUCAAAGGCGUAUGA